AUGCAGAAGCUAGGACUAACGAGCUCGAAGAGUCUCGACAAAUUCAAAUCGCUGUAUGGUCCUGCAUCGGGAACUGCCAAGGCUUCGUCGUUCUCUUCGCGUCCUUCCACGGAUUCCAUCUCAUUGGGAAGUUUUGCGAAUCUGAAGCUCACUGCAGAGAAACUGGUGAAAGAGCAAGCUUCAGUGAAGACUGAUCUGGAAAUUGCGAAUACUAAACUAAAGAAGUCAUUGGAGCAUGUUCAUGCUUUAGAAGAAAAACUUCGGCAUGCUUUUAACGAAAAUGCCAAACUCAAGGUCAAGCAGAAAGAAGAUGAAAAACUGUGGAAAGGAUUGGAGUCUAAGUUCUCGUCAACGAAGACACUGUGUGAUCAACUUACCGAGACAAUGCAGCAGCUCUCAGGUCUAGUUCAGGCUGCUGAGAAAGAUAAGGAGAUAUUGGAAGUUAAACUUUCUGCAAGUUCAGAAGCUCUUGAUAGUUUAAAUAAGCAUAUGGAUGAUCUAUCUCUGAAGCUAGAUUCUGCGGAGGAAACAAUUAGAACUCGUAACAAGGAGAUAGAAGAGCUCAAAUUCGAGUCAGUAGAAAAGGACAAGGUUCAUAGAGAUGAUCAGACUAGGUCUGCAAAUCUCUUAAAGGAGAAAGAUAAUAUGAUCAAGAAUAGAGAUGAAACUUUAGCAGCUAGCAAAAUGGCUUCAGAGAGUUUGAAUUCAAAGUUGGGAGAGGUGCAACUUCAGUUAGAAGUCAAAGAAGAUGAAAUUACUCAUCACAUAACCGCUGAGGAAAAACUGAAAAAAGAAAUGGGCGAUCUUCAAUUGUGUAAUGCUGAGAUUACUGAAAAACUCGACUUGUCACUUCAGGAAUUCAAAAACCUUGAUGAACUGGUUCAAGCCCUGGCUGGAAAUGUGGUUGGAUUAGACAAAGAAAGCUUGAACGUUUUGAGCAAGUUUAAUGAACUAAGUUGUCUCUAUGAUUCUUGCUUCCAUUUGGUCCUGCAGGAACGAGAUGCCUUAUCUAAGCAUGCUCAAGCUCAAUAUGAUGAGCUUCAUAAUAAAUUCUUGAGCUUGAGAUCAGAAAAAGAUGCAAUUCAGUUGAUAAAUCAUGAAUUAAACAAUAAAGUGACUGAACUUCGGGAAGUUCUGGAAGCAACGGCAACCCGGCAUGCAGAUAUCUGCCGAUUAGAUGCUGAAAGAAUCCAGUGUCUGGAGUCAGAAGCUCAAACUUUAAUCUUAAAGAAGGAAGAAGCUGAGCUAUCGAUUUCCAAAUUAGAGGAGAGAGUUGAAUUUUUCUCAGAUAGCUCUAGAUCAUUAGAGACCCAGAUGGCAUGUUUAUUGCUGAAGCUUUCAGCAUUGGAAAAUGAAAGCAAAGAAAGAAAAUUCAGAGAGUUGCAGGAAGAAAUAUUGAGGAAAUCAGAGGAAAUAGACAGUUUGAAAAAGGAAGUUGUAAAACUUGAGCAGCAUGCAGAUUUUCUGGAGAAAAAAGUAGGCCAAGUUAAUAAUGUCUUAGAGGACAAAGAACAGCUCAUUUUGCAGUACAAGGAGCAAGAAAAGAAGCUGGAAGAUCAGAUCUCUGAGAAUCAGUCAUCAUUGGCUGCUAUUGAAAGUAAACUUAUAGAAGCUAAGAAGCAAUAUGAUCUAAUGGUAGAGAGCAAGCAGUCAGAAUUAUCAAGGCAUUUGAAAGAAAUUUCUCAGAGAAAUGAUCAGGCUAUUAAUGACAUUAAGAGGAGGUAUGAGUUGGAGAAGAUGGAAAUUGUCAACAUGGAAAAAGAAAAGGCUGAUAAGGCGAUUGCAGAAAUAGAGGGAAGAUGCGACAAAAAACUUGCAGAUUGCAAAGAAGAAUCAAGGCAACAGUUGGUGCGCAUUCAGGAGGAACAUGCUGCACUGGUUAGUCAAAUACAGCAGGAGCACAACAAGAAACAACUAGAUCUUCUAGCUGAACACAAUGAGAAACUUAAACAUGUCCAACUGCAAGCUGAAAAUGAACUGAGAGAGGUUCGUUAA